AUGGACGGUCUAUCGACGCCAUCGACAACACCCGAGGCACCACGCGCAAAAUCACCGGACGAGAUGCCCGUUGCUCUAGACGCUUUGCUGCCGACGCCGGACGUGUCGCCGACACCGCACACAUACCGCCCCGACGUCGACGGUCUUCGAACCCUUGCAGUGGUCCCCGUUCUCGUCUUCCACGCGUACCCGAAGCUCUUUCCCGGCGGCUUCAUUGGCGUCGACAUCUUCUUUGUCAUUUCUGGCUUUCUCAUUUCCGGCAUCCUCUUCAAAGAGCACCAGCGCGGCAGUUUUACGUACUCGGGGUUCUACGUCCGGCGCGUCCGGCGCAUCUUCCCGACGCUCCUCGUCGUUUUGGUCGUGACGUUCUGGCUCGGGUAUCUCUACCUCAUGGCGCCCAAGCUCAAGGCGAUGGCAGCGACGAUGCUCGCGGGGUCGCUCUUCAGCGCCAACCUCCAAGUGCUCUCGCUCCAACAUUCGUACUUUGACAUUGACGUCAAGACCAACCCGCUCUUGCAUCUCUGGUCGCUCGGCGUCGAGGAGCAAUUCUACAUCUUUUGGCCGCUGCUCGCGUCCAUCGUCAUGCGUCUGAGCUUCCGCAAGGCCAUCGCGCUGCAAUUGACCGUGCUGGUCGCGAGCUUUGCCACCAACGUUUGCUUUCUCGGCUACGAUGGCAACAACAAAAUGUCGUUCUACAUGCCGCUGAGCCGGUUUUGGCAAAUGUCGCUCGGCGGCCUCCUCGCCUACCUCCACAUGCACGGCGUCGCAAUCACGAGUCGUUGGGGACGUCAUUGCGUCUCCGCCGUCGGCUUGGUUUGCGUGCUCCUCGGCUUGCUUUGCAUUGACGAGGCGAGCGCAUUUCCCGGCUACUAUGCGCUGCUCCCGACAAUCGGGGCGACGCUUUUGAUCGCCGCCGGCGCCGACGCAAGUGUCAACACAUACCUUCUCAGCAACCGCGCCGCCGUCUACGUCGGCAAGAUCAGCUACUGCCUCUACCUCUGGCACUGGCCGCUCCUCGUCUUCGCGAUCGAGCGGUACCCGGACGUGACGAGCCGUCCGUUCUACAUGCAGCCGAUCACGAUGCUGCUGCUCAGCGUCGUCUUGAGCGUCGCGACGUACGAAGACCUCGAGGGACGACUUCGGCGGCACCACUCCAAGUGGGUCACGCCACUUCUCGUGGUUGGCAUGAUGGCAGUCGCGGUGGUUGCCGCUUGCGCCUACACGAACCCGGCGAGCUUCUCCGCCACCGAGAUCGAGAUUGCCAAUGCGCCGUUGCCGCCGAUCGUCAAUACCACGACCCUCGAUGCGACAGCGGUGCCGCGGGCCAUGACGACGGUGCUACAGACCAAGCAAGCCAUGGCCGACGGCAACUGGAACGUCCGGACAACGAGCUGCGCGCCUGACGCUAUUUACAUCACCGCCGCCACGUCAUCGGUGCCGUUUCCGUUCAAGGACCCGGUGAAUCCGGGCUACCCCGAACGUUGCGAGGUGAUCAACCCGGGGCACGAAGCGGACGGCACGCUUGUCGUUCUCGGGGACUCGCACGCCGACAUGUCGGUGCCCCGGUUCAUGCAGCUCUUCGACGAUGCAACAAUGUCCAAGACACCGUUUCCGACGAUCGUCUUCAAGAACCGGUGGGGCCGCGCAAUGCUGCCGUGCCGACCCGAGUUUGCAGAAAACAUGCACAUGCUCGCAACGGUCAAGCCGCAAGCCGUCCUCCUCGUCGUGCAUUGGAUCCAGUUUCUCAACCCGGGUGCGCCUAACGACCGGCCGUACACGAACCCGCCCAAGUGCUGCUUGUACGAGUUUGUGGCGUGCAAGGAGCAAAACAUAGACGACGUACGCCAUAUCUUUGAGUCGCUCCAAGCCGAGCUGCUCAAGCUCUCGCGCCUCGGCAUCCAGGUGUUUGUCGUCGACCAAAGCCCCGAGUUCCCGCAGAUGGUGCCCGACACGUGGGUCAGUGGUACGAGCGUCAAGGUGCCGGCGCCAAUUAGUCGGUCGGCGUUUCGUAAAGAAAAGGCGUGGUUCCUCGACCCGCUCCACGCCGCUGUCAAAGCUGCGAACGCAACGCUGCUCGACUACGCCGACAACUACUCGAACGGCGACACGGUCCUACUCACGGACGCGACGGGGUAUCCGACCAUGUGCAGUGGUAACCACUUGAACGCACGCACGUCGCGCACGCGCCUGACCAUCUUGGAUCAAGUUGUCGCGGCCGCACGGACGUCUUCGCCGUAA